AUGGGGAAGGUGCUGUCCAAGAUCUUCGGCAACAAGGAGAUGCGGAUCCUGAUGCUGGGGCUGGACGCGGCCGGUAAAACCACCAUCCUGUACAAACUGAAGCUGGGCCAGUCCGUCACCACCAUCCCCACCGUGGGCUUCAACGUGGAGACGGUUACGUACAAAAACGUCAAGUUCAACGUGUGGGAUGUCGGGGGCCAGGAUAAGAUCCCCGAUGCCAUGAAACCCCACGAAAUCCAGGAGAAACUGGGCCUGACCCGGAUCAGGGAUAGGAAUUGGUACGUGCAGCCCUCCUGUGCCACUACAGGGGACGGACUCUACGAAGGGCUGACAUGGUUAACGUCCAACUAUAAAUCCUAA